CUCAAUUCUCCAAAUUCCAACAUAAGCUCCAAAGAGAAGAGAAUAAUAGAGCGAGGAGGCAGAGAUCUGAGACUCAGCACCAGUAGAUCUGUGGAUCAUUCAGGAGAGGGUAAUGUUAUAGAUUGCAAGAUGUCUUCUGCUCAGGAUCCAUUUUAUAUUGUGAAAGAGGAGAUUCAAGAAUCUAUUGAUAAAUUGCUAUCUACUUUUCACCAAUGGGAACGCAUUCCUGUGGAAACCGGAGAGCAAGUACAUCUCACAAAGGAGCUGCUUGCUAGUUGUGAAAGCAUUGAGUGGCAGGUAGAUGAAUUGGACAAAACUAUUUCCGUAGCAGCAAAAGACCCUGCUUGGUAUGGCAUUGACGAAGUGGAACUUGAUAAAAGGAGGCGAUGGACCAGCACAGCUCAUACCCAGGUGAGCAAUGUGAAGAAAUCAGUAGUAGCUGGAAAAGAAUCAAAUGGUACGGGCACAGCUAAUGUGAAUGGAAUGCGCCGGGAAAUGAUGAGGAUGUCAAAUCCUCAUCAGGCAGAUAGAUCUAAUCAGUAUGGCUCCCAAGAUAAUGAUGAUUUCAUAUCAUCUGAAUCAGAUCGACAGUUGCUUCUCAUAAGGCGACAGGAUGAGGAGCUGGAUGUGCUUAGUGCAAGUGUGGAAAGAAUUGGAGGAGUUGGGCUUACCAUACACGAAGAACUCCUUGCACAGGAGAAAAUUAUAGAUGAAUUGGGCAGUGAGAUGGACAGUACUUCAAAUCGGCUUGAUUUUGUUCAGAAAAAGGUAGCUAUGGUGAUGAAGAAGGCGAGCGCCAAGGGCCAGAUCAUGAUGAUAUUAUUCUUGGUGGUUCUAUUCAUUGUCCUCUUUGUUUUGGUCUUCCUUACCUAGGGUAUAGACAGAAUGAAACCAACUGGAAAGGUGAUUUCCAGUUGGGAGAAACCUGAGACUUUGUAAGGAAUACAAAUGCAAAUGAAUCAAUUUUUGAUCUGGGUUUGGUGGGAGAAACCCUAGUUCUUGAACAUUCUUAAUGAUUUUGAGAACUUGGCUUGUUUAAUAGGGUAUAGCAUUUGUUUCUGAACAAUCAGUUCUAUAUACAGAUGGAGUAUUUGUAUGUGUUUGGCUAGACACGAAAGAUUUGUUGAGGGUGUUACCAUCAUCGAUAAAAGAAGAAUUGAAUUCCAUUUCCUAA